AUGUAUAGAGUAGCCAGAACGUUGCCCAGGAGAGCACCAACCUUGCUCUCGCAAAGAAAUGUGUCAUUCAGCUUGCCCACCAUAUCCACCUUGGAGACUGUGAAAUCUACCCAGCAAGACUUCAAGGGUUUGUUCUCAUCCGAAACUGUCAAUGAAUUGUGGUUCAAAAGAGGCCAGCAGUUAGUCGAGGGCUUGAACCAGUCGUUGGAACAGGCUAGUGCAUCCAGCUCCGAGUCCCAGUCGAACAACUUGUUGGACAUCAUAGCUCAAACCAUUCAAAAGCCAGAACAUUACGGAAUCUACUCGUACGGAUCUUUAUUAUACAACCUCCAAUUUUUCUUGGAGAGCUUGAAAGAAAACUCUGCCGAAGUCAAGUUGUCCCAAAGCGAGCCUAAGGACUUGUUGAAGACCGGAAACACCACUUUUGGGAACAUUCCAGCCGACGAAAACCUCAAGAGCUGGUUGAUCGACUCGUUCGGAUCCAUUGAAGAGUUCAGAAACUUGUUGCUCAACUCCGCAAAGGCCAUCAAGGGUGAUGGUUUGGUGUGGUUGGUUGCCGAAAGCAACUUGAGUCAAAACAUCUUAAAGCAGUCCCCAAGCAUAACCGAACCAGGCACCACUAAGGACCCCGUUUACAACAACUUGGCUAUAGUCAACACUUACAACGCCGGUGUGGUGGAUGACUCGUUGAGAUCUGGCCAAGUCAACAGAUUAAAAUUACAGAAGGAAGCAAACUUGCAGCUGGAAAUUGAUAGGUUGACUUUGGGUACUGCGGAAGAAGCCGAGUUCAACACCUUAUACAACGACAAGAAGUUGUUGCCAGUUUUGGCCAUUGAUGGAUCCAUGAGAAACUAUCUCUUGGACUAUGGUGUCUACGGCAAGCAACAGUAUCUCGAAAAUGUCUGGGAGUGCAUUGACUGGGACGUGGUUUCUAAGAGAUUACCUGUCAGAACUAAGCAAUUUAUAAAUAGUUAUUAA